GGUGCGCAUAGCUAAGUUGCCAUCAACAACCAAGUUGACAACACUUUUACAGGGCAUGUGACUGUCAUUUGGGGAUUGUAAAAUUAAGAAAUAGAUAAGACAUGCCAGCUCCUGAUGAACCAUACUACUGCUCGCAGCAGAUAAAUAUCCCUCCUGAAUUGCCAGAUAUCCUGAAGCAGUUCACCAAAGCUGCAAUAAGAACACAGCCUAAGGAUGUCCUGGCUUGGGCAGCUGCUUACUUCAGGGCUAUGUCCAAGGGGGAGACACCCCCAGUGAAGGAGAGACUAGAAAUGCCAGUGGCCACCCAGAAGACCGAUACAGGGCUUACCCCAGGGUUGCUUAGAAUUCUCAACAAACAGCUUGGACCUAGGAAGACUGUGCCUUUGUCACAGAUUGAAGAAAAGUGGAAGGAUCUCUCUUUACCCAAAGAACAGUUUGAUGAAUUGGUCAGGAUAGGCAGUUUUGGAGGGGACACUGAAUGGUUGAAAUUCUUCUCCCUGGCAGCAUCCACCCUUGGGGAGAAUAUUACUAAUGCAAUGAAAACUAUCUGUGAGAUUUUGACGGCUGAUCCUGAGGGAGGACCUUGUAGAAUACCCUUUCAACUUUUCAAAGACCUAUACAAAUAUCUGGCCCAAAUUGACGGUGAAAUCUCAAAGGAGCACAUUGAUGAAGUGAUAUCUCAUUUACAGUAUGAUGUAGACAAACAAGAUGGAUUUGUGCAGCCAAGGAACUUUUUGAGCCCAGAUUGUCCCAAGCUGUCGUAACUUAAUCUACCCAAAGACUGAAGUCUCUCAUCUGAACAUUUAUAUGCAACUUGCUAUGGUUUCUUCAAGCCAUUUACUAUAGGCAUGGCAACAAUGGGGAAAAAACAGUACCAUCUUGCACACACCUGUAAAUAUUUUGUAUAAAUGAAAAAGUGAUUUAGUUUUCAUCAACUUGUUCAAAAGAACGAGCACUACUAAAAUUUAUUGUUGAGAUCUGCAAAUUGAUAGCAUUUAUUUAAAAAGUUUAAGAUAUGAAAAUUUCUGUGAUUACAAACUGAAGAUCAAGAACUAUAUUGGUAAAUUGCACCAUGCCUAAUGGCAUCCAUUGAAACCAUACUGAGGAGACAGUGCGCCAUUGUUUAACUCCGUCCUGCUAAUCCCAGGUGUUUAUUUUUGCUACCAAACAUUUUUCUGAUCAUUUUUAGGUUUGCGUUAAAAUAGUCAGUCCCAUCCCUGAAAAUGUACAGCUUUUUUUGUAAAUAAAACGUUAUCAAACUCCUGA